ACCGAUGCACCUAAAGUCAGUAUCACUUCACCCAAACGUCAUGUCCUUCAAAAUUCUGUUUGUCAAGAAGUCCAAUUAGAAAUGUCGGUGAUCGAGUCAAAAAAAUCUAGUAUAAGCGUCUCCCUAGACAGUAAGGAAUCGAAAGCGGCCCUUCUGAACUGCUUGGAAAAAAAUCCCUCAUCCGUAUCAUCAUCAAAUUUUAGUGUUUGCCGUAUAUGUCACGCUAACAAUGUGCCUGGUGAAAAUUUAAUAUCCCCCUGUCGUUGCAAGGGAUCUCUGGCAUACGUGCACUUAUCCUGCCUCGAAACGUGGAUAAAUGAAUCGUUCCGCCUCACCUGCGAGUUGUGCGGCUACAGAUACCGAUCAAUCCAAACCCGUCGGUACACAGUUUGCGAAAGUCUCAAAAUAUGGCUACUGCACCCCCGGAACAAGGUCCACAUGCAGGCCGAUGUCGUGAUCGCCCUGCUGCUCACCCUCGUAACGAUCGGUCUGGCAACGGUUUGCUUCAUCGGAAUGGAGUAUUUCAUAAUCGAAGGGAACCAAGCCGGCGUCUCGAAGAAGUGGAUCAAAGCCAGCAUAUACAUGUUCCUGGCCCUUGUCUUGGCCGGAUACGUGUCCAGUAUGUAUCUGCUGUUCAAAAACCAAUUCGUGCCGUGGUACAACUGGUGGAAGGCCACCGUGGAUGUGAGGCUCGCACAGACCUCGUCCAACACAAGGCAAAAUAUUGAAUUUGUGACGUGAUUGCAAUUAAAGCGUCGAAACUAAACAA